AUGGUGGUCAUUUUUGUUAGCUCCAACCACACUUCUCGCAUCAUUCUGUUUUUGUCAAUUACCUUCGAUCGUCAACUUGUGUUAGGUCUUCAAUCCGUUUUCUCAAUGGCUGCUGCUCACUGCGAACGCACAGGCAUUCCACCACUAGGCUCGCUAGCUCGCGCCGCCAGCCUACCGCUUCACCGGCAAAGCUCCCUUGAUGCAUUCAGGCGGCGCGUGAGUCCGCUUAAGAUCGAGUCCCCUGCAACGGCAGACGAACCCGAGACAAGAGCCCCUCUGAAUCCGUGGGACAUUAAUUACGACGAGAUAUUUCCGCAAUGUGCGCGGCUAGCUGAGCAAUUCCGCAACGUGUCGGUUCACCAGCACCGCACCAAUGAGCGCCACGCACGGUCUCAGAGUGAAUUGCCGAUCGCCGUUCCGCCGCCGCAUCAUCAGAGCCGUUUCGAAGAAACUGCCGUCCGUCUCACAUCCUCGCCGCCGUCGCAUGCGGAGAGCACUUCGUCGCGAGCCCGCAACUUCCGCGAAUUGCGCUCCCGUGUUCUCGGCUGCUCACUCGGCUCGCCAUGCACCGUGUCGCUCGCGAACUCGCGACAACGAGAAGAAGGUUCCCGCUCGCAAGAUGGAGGGCGCUUCGAGGCACAUCCGGAAGAGGCGGGCUUGCGUGAUUGGUGCUGGGCCAGACAGGGGAAGAGUAACAGCCUCGGCGGAGAAAUUUCUGUAACCGAACCCUGUUACGAUGUCAGCGAUGUGUACGAUAACGGAGCAGAUUGUAUCUGCGCGCCUAAGCAGCUUGAUUUCUCCUGCCCGCGUUACCUGAGCAAGCAGGCGUCUGAACCGCGAAUGUCCGGGCCAACAUUCAAUCAUUAUGAUCGGUCCUCUGGUUUUGGCGAAGUGCGCGAACGUCGGGCUAAAAGCUUCGCUCUCGACCGGUUACCCGUGGCGAGCAUUUGCGACGCGUAUCUCGGGCUUGACGAUCUGGACGACGCUGCUUUCUCGGACGACGACGCCUGUUUGUUCACCGACGAGAUGCUGCUUGCGAGCGAAAUUGGCACGUUUCGCGAAGAGGUUACGAACCAGGGCGAAAUCACGGAAGUGAAUGCGGAGGUGUUGCCAGGGAACUGA